CCAGUCAGAUUCCGGUCUCCGUUGGACUCACCAAUUCUUUCCUUCUUCUACUACUACUUCUUCGUUCAGUCCAAUCCAAUUCCCCGAUCGCCGGAGCUCAUUCAGCUGGACGACGUUCGCCGGAAAAACAUGCCGGGGGAGACCGACUCUAUCGACUACGUCAUGGAGAAGGCAUCCGGCCCUCACUUCUCCGGCCUCCGCAUCGACGGCCUCCUCUCUUCUCCACCUGCUUCCUCCACUUCCUCCCCAGCUCAUCGCUCCUCCUCCGCCGCCGGUGCAUUCGCCGAAGCUGAUGUCCCCCCCACGCAGCCCUUCGUCAUCGGGGUUUGUGGAGGUACGGCUUCAGGGAAGACGACGGUGUGUGAUAUGAUUAUUCAGCAGCUACACGAUCACCGUGUUGUGCUUGUGAAUCAGGAUUCGUUCUAUCGUGGGUUGACGCCUGACGAAUUA